AUGCAAAACAGCAUUCUCGCCGUCCCCUUUCGAAAAGGAGCCCAUCUGUCGCUCUCGUCCUCUAUUCGGCAGUAUAUAUCUACGAAAUAUGACCAACAUCCAGAUAUGUUCCGCCAAGAUCUAGAGGUGAUCGAUACCCUAAGACGCGAUGCUGUGAACGUGCGCGAGCCGCAUCCGACUGGUGUCUUGAGACUACAGGCCUACGCUGGACAGCUAGUCUGGAUCGGAGGGAAAUUCCCUAUAGAUAUCGGCGCAGAUUUCACAUGGUAUCCCGCUUUAGGUUACAACACCGAACGACCCAUAGUACACAAUAAUUUAAAAUUCGAACUCGCCAACAUCUUAUACAACCUUGCCGCUCUAUACUCCCAGUUAGCCAUAGCGAGUAAUCGCACCAGUACUGAUGGCCUCAAGACCGCAGCGAGCUACUUCAGUCAGUCGGCAGGCGUACUGACACACUUAAAGAAUGAGGUUAUACCUGAGUUACGAACGACACCACCUGAGGACAUGGACGGGCAUACCUUAGACUCGUUAAUACAAUUACAACUGGCGCAAUCUCAAGAAUGCUACUGGCAAAAGGCUGUUAUGGACGGCUACAAGGAUGCAUCAAUAGCGAAGCUCGCUGCUAAGGUUUCCGAUCUAUACAACGAAGCCGGUGAAGCAUCCAUGCGGUCGCAGGCUAUCAGUAGUAGUUGGAUUCAUCACAUGAGCGCUAAACACCAUCAUUUUGCCGCUGCAGCUCAAUACCGUGCAGCUUGCGAAUGUCUAGAAAAGCGAAAAUAUGGCGAAGAGGUGGCCAGAUUACGCGAUGCUGUUUCGUGCGUUAACGAGGGGCUUAGAGAAAGUCGCGGCGGGUACUUACACAAAGCCGUGGCGGAAGAUUUAAACGGUCUCAAGCGAAGGGUGGAAGAAGACCUUAAGCGGGCUGAAAGAGACAACGACGUGAUCUAUUUAAACCCAGUGCCACCAAAGGCAGAGCUCAAAAUCCUAGAUCGAGCUACCAUGGCAGUAGCGCGAAUACCACCGCAAGUAUCAGCACCUCAAGAGUAUCUAAGAGCAAAGGGGGAAUUCGGCCCUCCUCUGUUUACAAAACUCGUCCCAUACUCCGUUCAUAUUGCCGUCUCCAUUUAUGAAGAGCGAAGGGACCGUCUAGUAAAUCAGAACAUCGUAGCUGAACUCGAGACACUGAACGAAAGGAUUCAUGAGAUUCUUUCGUCACUUAAUCUCCCAGGUUCGCUUCAGGCCUUCGAGAAGCCGCUCGGCCUGCCUGGAACCUUGGUUCAACAUGCCGAAGAAAUCCGGCAGGCAGAUGCUUUGCAUCGCUUGCAAAGGAGCUUCGCUGAUAUCGACAAGCUGCGCGCUGCUGAUUUAGCAGUGUUCGAAGAAGGGAAAAGCCUACUGCAAGCAGAAGAGGAAGAAGAUACUCAGUUACGUAGAAAAUAUGGUACAGAUCGCUGGUUGCGGCCUGAAAGUCGUUCUGAGCCGAAUCAAGGUGCAAAGCUCUGGAAGCAGGUAGCGGAUGCCGAGGGCUGGUUUGCGAGCAGCGAAAGCAGCGAUCAGGUUGUACGCGACAAAUUCCAUAGCAUAGAACCUAUGUUGGCCGUUCUCACAGGACCGGAUCGUGGCCUGCUCGAUUUCGUGCCUUCAUCACGUCGCACAGAAAUUCCUGAAGCGCUUAAACCUGCAAUUGGUCGCUUGCGCACGGCGUAUAACAAUAUAGCACGCCUCGAGGGUCGCCGUCGCCGAAAAGCUGAGGCUCUUCGCGAAAAGGCCCGUGACGAUGAUAUCAAGUCUGAUAUCUUGACCGAGGCAGCAAGGCUAGAGCGCUCCAACACAGUGGCGACUGCAAUUGUGCCCGCACAUUUUGAAGAUUUCUUCGAAAAGCGAUUAGACUCACUUUAUGAACCAGACCUCGAGCUUGUGCUGGCUGAGGCGAAUGAGCAGGAGAAGCUUAUCGCGGAGCUAACACGAGUAAACCGUGAGUUCGAGAGCCAGAAGAAGAUUCUUGGGGACAAGGGAAACAAGGAAAGAGAGCAAGCUCUUCAGAAGCUUGAGAACGCCUAUUACAAAUACAAGGAGUUGAUUAGCAACGCAGAGGCAGGACGUAAGUUCUACAACGAUCUCAGCCGCAUAGUAGGUGGCUUCCGAGAUGGAGCGCGGAACUUCGUAGCCGAGCGAAGACACGAGGCGCGUAUGCUCGAGGAUGAGUUGAGUAUGCCACCGCUAAAUAACUUGAGCCUUGGGGGGCAACAAGAUCGUGUGCAGCAACCACAACAGGCUUCAUUUUUGCCAUCCCCUGCUCCGUCCCGGCAACAGAUGCACAGUCCCGCCGAAGCGCACAUCCAGUCAUGGGCACCGGCAGGUGAAACGGUGGCGCCGCAACCACAACCCCCGAGGGCAAACCCCAUGCAGGGUGUAUGGAACCCAGGAGCAGGCAUUAAAUUUGUCAGCACACCGCCUCCUACUGGCGGUACCGUAGGUGGCGCGGGGAACAUAGAAAGUAACUCUCAGCAGGAGAAACGGCCGCCUGUUGCUGGGACUUGGGAUCGGAAUAGCGCGAUAAGAUUCGGUUAG